AUGGAUGUCUUGCCCUUCAAGGUUCGGCAGAACUGCAUCGACUUCUACCAAGCGACUCCAACCAAGUACGACCCUCAGCUUCGCAAUGACAUACGCCCGGACCAGCUAUCCAAGGAGCCAAAAGUUCCCGUCAUCCGCAUUUUCGGCUCGACCCAGACUGGGCAGAAAGUUUGUACCCAUGUCCACGGUGCGUUCCCGUACUUGUACAUCGAGUACACUGGCAGCCUUGCGCCUGAGGAAGUGGGCGCAUACAUCUACCGCCUGCAUCUGUCCAUCGACCAUGCCCUGGCUGUGAGCUACCGCAAGGACACCUACAGCGACCAUGCCAAAUAUGUCGCGCGCAUCACACUCACCAAGGGCGUGCCGUUCUACGGCUUUCACGUCGGAUAUCGCUUCUUUCUCAAGAUUUACAUGUUCAAUCCUAUCGUCAUGACCAGACUGGCCGAUCUUCUGCACCAGGGCGUCAUCAUGAAGCGGAAAUUUCAGCCGUACGAGGCACACUUGCAGUAUCUUCUGCAGUUCAUGUGUGACUACAACCUCUACGGCUGUGACUAUCUUGAGAGUUCCAAAGUGAGGUUCCGCUCUCCGGUGCCUCAGUACAGCGAGGAGGAUGAGAGCUCCUUACAUCUUUGGCACAGCCAGUCCGUCUCUCCUGACAACAUCACCGAGGACUAUACUUUACCUCGCGUCAGCCACUGCUCGAUCGAGGUCGAUGUAUGCGUCCAAGAUAUCCUAAAUCGCAAGAUGGUAAAGGAGCGGCGCCUGCACCAUGAUUUUGUUGAGAGGGACCACCCUGUUCCAGCCAGCAUGAAGCUGGUGCACAGUAUGGCUGGUCUAUGGAGAGACGAGACAAAGCGCCGGAAACGAAGGAUGCACGUCACGAACCCAGGCAGCAGUCCAUUUCCUCCUGAAGUCCUUGUGUCUAUGUCCGCCGAUCCCCGUGAGUCCCAACCCCAGGGAUGGGUUCACGAAGAGGAGUAUGUGGAAGAUAUCAAGAACCUUGUUACCGAGGAGGCGAGAGCCAGUAACGGUACCAGACUAUCUUUCGACGGUUUUGUACAGCCCAUACCAUUUGAGGAGACUGUAAACACAACGCUGCAGUCUGUCGAAGAUCUCUUCCCCCAAAACUUGCUACCGAGCCUGGGCCAGUCGUCUCAGCUCGCCCAACAGGACCAGAAUCCCGCCAAUAACGUGGUAGUUGACGAGAAGGGCAUCCUCGCAGCAACCCAAGAGGGCGAUGCGGAUUUGUUCCCGGAUGACUCGGACGAGGAGCUGUUCCAAGGAGUGGCGCUUGCCCAGAAUACUUCUGAACAGACUGCAGAGCCGAAGGUAGAGACAGCUGAAGCUGAGAAAGUGACGCUCAGGACGACAAUCAACAAGCUAACCACUUCCGGGCCUUCUGUGAGACGAGUCGGUCGUCGGUAUGUGUCUGAAACCAUUGGGUCUGCUGGACCACAAGUUUUCGAUGGCCUGCCUCAGGGUGUUUGUUUCAGUGGCCAGAGGACGGGCCAGCUACCCACGCUUCCUGUUACGGAGGAGUUGAUCGAUGCAGCCGACAAAGAUGGCCUCAUCUCCAAGAAUCCCCUGACCCAAGCGGGGCUGAAGAGUAUGAGCCUCCCAUCGAAGCGGCCGAAUGAGCCGAGUAUCGAGCCAUCAAGUGCCAAACGACCGAAGAUCGACUCUGUUGUUGCACCAGCCCUGUCGGCAACGACGGCGCUCGUCAACGGAGACGUGAGGGCUUUAGAACGUCGCCCCAGUACAAACACCCAGCGACAUGUGAGAUUCCAAUCCUCACAGACAGCAAAGAAUCCUAGGAAUGGUACCAAAUUCAAGAGAGAGGACUACCAGAGCCUUGGUUUCCCUGUUGUCAAGGACCCUAAUGAUCCGACUACAAAAUUGCGCUUGAGCCAACAGAGCAGCUCACAGAAGAGCGAUGAGACCAAGGCAGACAAGAAGCCCCACAAGCUUUCCAGCUCAGCUGAGGAGGCUUCCCCUAUUACUUCGAGCAGUGAAAAGUCCUAUCCGCAUGUGUCUUCUACUUCCUCCAUCAAAACCCAUGUGGCAAAUUCAGCUCAAGCGCAAUCGCCGACGAUACUUUCCGACCUUGGGGAAUCCUGGACCUUCGUUUUGGAUCAACCGCCGCCAUCAGCAGCAGACGUAUGUGCCACCAUGCAAGGCAACAGCUUGCCUGAUGUCAUUUACCAAGACGCAUUUUACAGCCAGGACAAAGAUGUGCCGCCAAGGAUGAGGGAGUAUGCCGGCAGAGAGUUCCGCCUUGAGGGGAUCUCUUUGCCCUUCCUGCCUGAUUUCGACGCUACUGGCCAAUCGCCUGCUACAUACGGCCUGGGUGUAGAGGGCAAUCCGAACAGCAAGAAACAGCCUGAGAAGGAGUAUCAGAAGAGAAGCCGGCAAUGCUCGUUGAGGAGCUGGGAAAUUGCAGGGCCGCCGCCGACAUUUCAAGAAGUCUAUGACUGGUGGUUGGCGAAGCAGAGGAAAGAGACCCCAACUCCUGGUUCCCCGAACAAAGAGGCUACUUCUGCCGGAGCCUUUGCCACACAGAAGCCCUUCCUCUCGCAGAUACUUGGGGCCACGCCAAAGAACAAGCAUGGCUUCAAGUACUCCCAGAAGAAGAGAACCACCAGUGUACAACAUGAGGCUCAGUAUAUGAGUACUAUGAGUCUCGAGGUUCAUGUCAAUUCCAGAGGAAGGCUCGUUCCUAACCCAGAAGAAGACGAGAUACAAUGUAUUUUUUGGGCUACCAAGUCAGACGAGAACUCGCAAGACGGCAGCCAACUACCAGACAGCACUCUGGCUGGUAUCGUUGUGGUAUCAGAGGAUGGUGAAAUCGCGCGGCGCAUACGACGUCAAACGAAAGUAGAGGUGAUAGAAGAGCCUUCAGAACUCGACGCCAUGGUCCGAAUGAUCGAAAUUGUCAGGACUCGUGAUCCUGAUGUCCUUGCAGGCUUUGAGGUGCACGGCAGUUCUUGGGGCUAUCUGGUCGAGAGAGCCAGGCAUAAGUAUGACUACAACCUUUGUGAUGAGUUCUCUCGCAUGAAGACACAGUCUCACGGUCGCUUCGGCAAAGAGGCCGAUCGUUGGGGCUUCAACACCACAUCCACCAUCCGCGUCACAGGCCGCCACAUGAUCAACAUCUGGAGGGCAAUGCGAGGGGAAUUAAAUCUUCUUCAGUACACAAUGGAGAAUGUGGUGUGGCAUUUGCUUCAUCGGCGCAUCCCUCAUUACUCAUGGCGGACACUGUCGGAUUGGUACACCAACGGCCGUCAGAGAGAUCUGGCCAAAGUCUUGCGGUAUUACCUUACGCGGACGAAGAUGGACAUCCAGAUACUUGAAGAGAAUGAGCUCAUUCCUCGUACCAGCGAGCAAGCUCGAUUGCUGGGCGUCGACUUCUUCUCGGUCUUCUCGAGAGGCUCACAGUUCAAGGUCGAGUCCAUCAUGUUCCGAAUUGCUAAACCAGAGAACUUCGUCCUUGUUUCUCCGAGCAGAAAGCAGGUCGGCGGCCAAAAUGCACUGGAGUGUUUACCUCUGGUCAUGGAGCCUCAGAGUGCUUUCUACAAUAGCCCUUUGCUGGUCUUGGACUUCCAGAGUCUGUACCCCAGUGUCAUGAUUGCACACAACCUAUGCUACUCCACCUUCCUGGGACGAAUCGUGAACUGGCGAGGCACAAGCAAGAUGGGUUUCACCGACUACAAACGUCAAGAGCGGCUGCUCGAACUCCUACUAAAUUAUAUCAACAUCACACCAAAUGGCAUGAUGUACGCCAAAGUCGAAAUUCGAAAGUCUCUCUUGGCAAAGAUGCUUACCGAGAUCCUGGAAACCAGGGUCAUGGUCAAGAGCGGUAUGAAGCAAGACAGGGAAGACAAGACGCUACAGCAGCUCCUGAACAACAGGCAAUUGGCCCUCAAGCUCCUGGCAAACGUCACCUAUGGAUACACGUCAGCAUCGUUCUCUGGACGCAUGCCCUGUUCCGAGAUAGCUGAUAGCAUUGUUCAGACUGGCCGCGAAACCCUUGAGCGUGCCAUUGCAUACAUCCACUCGGUCGAGAAAUGGGGUGCCGAAGUCGUUUACGGCGACACAGACAGUCUCUUCAUAUAUCUCAAGGGGCGAACCCGCUUGCAAGCAUUCGACAUAGGUAAUGAGAUCGCCAAGGCCAUCACCGAUAUGAACCCACGCCCGAUCAAACUCAAGUUUGAGAAGGUUUACCACCCUUGCGUCUUGCUAGCCAAGAAGCGCUAUGUUGGCUACAAGUACGAGAGCCGCGAUCAAGUCAAGCCUGACUUUGACGCCAAGGGCAUCGAGACCGUCCGCCGCGAUGGAACACCCGCCGAGCAAAAGAUCGAGGAGAAGGCGCUGAAGAUACUAUUCGAGACAGCCGACUUGAGCCAGAUCAAGAGCUACUUCCAAAGCCAGUGCGACAAGAUCAUGCGCGGGCAGGUAUCCGUACAGGACUUCUGCUUCGCCAAGGAGGUUCGCUUGGGGACGUACUCUGACAAGGGCCCGCCUCCACCAGGCGCGCUGAUCUCCACAAAGCGCAUGCUCGAGGACGCAAGGGCCGAGCCGCAGUACGGCGAGCGCGUGCCGUACGUAGUGAUCACGGGCGGGCCCGGGGCGCGCCUGAUCGACCGGUGCGUGGCGCCCGAGGACCUCCUGAACAACGACCACGUCACGCUGGACGCCGAGUACUACAUCACCAAGAACCUGAUCCCGCCCCUGGAGCGCAUCUUCAACCUGGUCGGGGCCAACGUGCGCCAGUGGUUCGACGAGAUGCCCAAGGUGCAGCGGAUCCGGCGCGUCGACGCCCAGGCCGCGGGGGGCGCCGGCGCCAGGAAGAAGUUUACCCUCGAGAGCUACCUCCAUAGCGCGAGCUGCGUCGUCUGCGGGGCCAAGGUCAAGGUCAACGAUAACAACAACGGUGGCGGCGGCGGCGGUAGCCGCCAAGAGGAUGGCAAGGACGUCGCUCUCUGCUGGAGGUGCCGGCGCGACACGGCCGGGUCGCUGCUGCAGCUGCAGACGAGGCUGAACACGGAGGAGAGGAGGUACAUGGAGGUCGUCAAGGUCUGCCAGAGCUGCGCGAGAUUGUCGCCGCUGGACGACGUCCCCUGUGACAGCAAGGACUGCCCUGUCUUCUACACGCGGAGGAAGCAGGAGGCCAGGCUGAGGAGCGAGAGGGGCAUCGUUGAGCCUGUUGUGAAGAGGCUCGCUGCCGCGGCGGGAGAGCUGGAGUGGUGA